AUGGACAUUAUGCAGGCGCCCAUUAAGUUGACUGUAGGUUCGGGCAGCAAGGAGAAAGUAGGGCGACCCAGCAAGGAGAAGGUAGAGACACCCAGCGAGUCAGCAGAGACACCCGGAACAGUGACACCUGGAGCAGUGACACCUUCCACGGAAAGAACAAAAAAAGAACAAGAACAAUCUAAAGUGGAGAAGACCAGUGGCAUGACCAUAACGCAGCGACCGUCACAAGAAGAAGAACAGGCUGGCGGAGGAUGCAAGGAAGGAACAGCGGAAAUGGCCUUCGUGGAACUUGUCCAAGAUGGCUUUUUUCGUAUCCGUAGGUGA